AGCUUGGCUCAAGCUCCGGCUAGCAGCCCGGUAUCUCAGAUUCUUCGGACUACUGAACUUUCCAAGCAGGCCAGCCCCAUUGUUUGCCCACAAUGGCUCAAUCCCUGGGCUACAACGAUGCGGUCCUCUUCUUGUCUCUGCUCUACUCUUCCGUGGACCUCCAGCUCGAGUGGGAGACGUUCAGCGCCUGCGCCCGGCCAGUGCACUACUGGCUCCUGGUAAGCUAUGCCUGCGUGCUCGGUCUUCGCCUCGCGCAGAUCAUCGGCACGCGGAGCACGGAGGCGCUGCCCGGCGGCGGGGCGGCGGCCCACUUCCUGCUGCAGCUGCGCCACAAGAGCGCCACCUCGCGCCUGCUCUCGCGCCUCGUCUGGCUCGCGGCCGUCCCCUUCUUCUCGUGCUGGACCGUGCUGGGCACGAGCUGGCUGUGGGCAGCGCGGGCGGAGACUCCGCAGUGCAUGCCGACGGCCACGCACUACUGGUUCGCGGUCUUCUGGCUGGCCCUGUGCUACAUCUGGAUCUCCAUCCACGUGGUCAUCGGCACGGUCGCUGCGACCCUGGAGUGGCGCGUUCGCCGCGCCGAGGGUGACCUGCGCGAGAUCGAGGACGCCGACGUCGUCUCGCGGUGGGGCCGUGUGAGCGAGCUGACCAUGCUGCCAGGACCUGCCGGGCGGCGGGGGCUCGGGGCUGGCGCCCUGGGAGAUCCGCGGGCUGCCGGGGGAGGCGGUGCUUGCCGGGGACGAGGACCGAGGCGGAGGUCGGCAGCGAGCUGGAGUGCUCGAUUUGCAUCACGUGCUUCGAGCCAGGCGACAAGCUACGCUGCUUGCCUGGGUGCGGCCACGCCUUCCACAGGUCUUGCAUCGACUUGUGGCUGCUGCGCAGCGCCGACUGCCCGCUCUGCAAGCGCAGCGUGCGCGGUCACGGCGGCACGGCCGGCUCAUGAUGUGAGGGAGAGGGCUCGAUGCGGCCCCCGCCUGUCACACUCGAGGCACAGCCUCUUCGGGCUCGGUGUCCAUGCUGCUCUUCCUCGUCCGCAUCCUCGCCCCUGUCCUACGCAUCCUGGUGCUCAUCCUCCCCGUCCUUAAUUGUUCCUGCCUGUGCGCAUGCCAAUACCAAGUUACUCAAUUACAGCCUCUUCUCGAGGUCGAAAGUGCGGGUCCUCGUCAUCCUCUUGGUAGUCAUCUUCCUGCUCCUGCUGCUGUUCCACCUCUGCGCCCUCGUCUUCUUGGAAGCACAGCAUGUUUUCCGCGAGAUGCUCCUGAUUCGUUCUGUGGCUGGGCAUGCGGGAGCUGAUGAUGCGGUCGAAGCACUUGUCAUUGGCUCUAUUAUUCGGCGCGUCACGCCUCGGUGGAAGAAAGAGCGCUGCGACAUGCUUCAUGCUGGUAACGCCCACUGCGAGCAAGUGGAUCGUUUGCGCCUCACGUGUGCGAGCCCGCGCUCUCCACUUGCGGGGUGCUUCCCCUCAGC